CCCCCCUGCCCCCUUCCCCGAGGGAAAACAAAACCCGAGGGAAAACAAACAACCGAGGGAAACAAAAAGACCCGAAGGGAAAAGAAGAGACUCCGAGGGAAAAACAAAAAAGACUCCGAGGGGAACGAAUCAAGACAUCCCCCUCCCCAGAGGGUGGAAAAAUGAAGACACGAGGAACAAUGCAUUCUCCGAGGCAGUGCAUACUGACCAUCCGGCAGAGCGAUUCACGAAUGACGAGUUCUUUCAGAAUUGCGUGGCAGAGGCGUUGACCUUGAAGGAGAGCGUCCGCCUCGCAUCUGGCUCAGUGUUCGAGUGGGCGGCGCAGGAGCUCGCAAAGCAGGGCAGCAGCAACGACAGAUCGGUUGCGAAGCGCGCCUACAGCUUGGCGGUUGACAUGGCUCUCGCGCUCCAGGAGUUCGAGCUCUCCACGGUGGAUGUCAUCGUGACUUUGCAGCAGGUCUCACAGGCAGGAUGGACAGGCACGGACGACCUGGGCAGCAUCGAUUCACUCCAGCGCGUCCUCGGGAUCGCAGCGCGCUCUGGCGGUCUUUUCGCGCUCGGCUCCGGCGUCCUGCACGACCUCUGCGGGGAUUUGUCAGCCGGCUCCAAGUUAGUGCGGUGGAGGGGCUUGGAAGGAGCGGAAUUGGUGCGCACUACUCGGGCGACGCCAACGGAUCGCCUCACCGAUCCUGGCUCGUUCGAUCUUGGGCUCAGGAUCGGUGUGACUAGAGGCCUCCGUGCCCAAGCAAAGAGGGCUUAUGCACCGAACCAAGACCAUGGGCCCAGCCACGAUCGGUGAGGUGGUCAGUUGACGUCGCUCGAGACUACCUGUUCUAGUGUGGACUUGUUGGGAGCUGAGCUCGAAGCACGCAGGACGUUGAUAAUGACGUUCCAGGUUGCCACAACGGACAGCACCGCCACCAGCCGUCUGGUGGAGCUGCUGAAAUCAGAGGCCCUGGACUGUGCGCGGGAUGCCCUCUUGCACGUGAUAUCCCGCCAGCUGCAGCUGCAAAGCAUCCGGGCCAUCGAGAUCAACAAGUGUGGUUUGAACGGCAAGCAAGCAGAGGCGUUGGGGCAGUGUCUGAUCGGUUGUAGCAGUUUGGAGGUACUUUCCGUUACCACAAACCCUGUCGGCGAUGUUGGCGGAGCUGCCAUGUUGAAGAACCUCUCCGAAAUGAGUUCCCUGUCUCAGCUUCGUGUCUUGCGUUUGGCAGGGUCCGAGCUGGGCCUGGAGGCCGCGGGGGCCUUGUCCCGGCUGCUACCGCAAUUGCGCGGUUUGGAGGUUUUGCGGCUCAGUGGAAACAAGGGCUUUGGCGACGCGGGCGGUGAGGCCAUUUGUCGUGCGCUGGAUGCUCCGUUCCCCCUUCGCGAGCUGGUUCUCGGCACUUGCGGGCUGGGCGCGGCGGCCGCAGUUGCCCUGGCCAAGUCGCUGCUGCAGCUGCGCGAUCUGCAGAUGCUGAGCCUUGGCAACAGCAGCGGCAUAGGCGACGCUGGGGUCGCGGCCGUCUGCCGGGCGCUGGGCGCCCAGGCGCCGAUGCGCGAACUGAGGCUUCACAGGGGCAGCCUGGGUUCUGAGGCUGCGACCGCCCUGGGCGAGUCGUUGCCGCAGCUGCGCGACCUGCAGGUGCUGCGGCUCGAGGACAACAGGGGCCUGGGCGACGCCGGCGGCGCGGCGGUCUGUCGGGGGCUUUCCGCGCAGGGUGCAGGGGUGACCUUGCGCGAGCUGUAUUUAAGGAACUGCAGCCUGGGUGCGGGUGCCGCGGAGGCCCUGUCCAGGCUGCUGUCGCAGGCGCGCGGCCUGGAGAUGCUGGACCUCGGCAGCAAUCCUGGCCUGAGCGACGCUGGCGGCGCGGCCGUCUGCAGGUCGCUGGCAGUGCCUGGCUCCGUGGCGCCGAUGCGCGAGCUGAGGCUUCGCAAGUGCGGCCUCGGUGCGGAAACUGCGGAGGCCCUCGCUGGGGUGCUGCCGCAGCUGUGCGUUCUGCAGGUGCUGGACCUCAACUGGAACCCGGGAUUGGGCGACGCUGGCGGCGUGACCGUUUGCCGGGCGUUGGCCGCCCAUGGUGCCGAGUUGCCACUGCGCCAACUGUGGCUCGAGUGCGGGAUGGGGGCGGAGUUCAGGGAGGCGUUGGUUGGAUUGUCCAGCAAGGUUCGCGAUGUUUGCAAGUUCUGAUGCCCCUGCUGGCGGAGGCUCCGAGCGGAGUCGGCGCGGAACGGGCCUUUCGCGAUUUGACUGCAGCGCCCAGA